UAUCGUGCCUAUGUUUCAUAUCAGAAUUCAGAAUAUCUGGGAUAUUUCGAUUCUCUUUCUAGCAUUCAUAAAAAUAUCAAGUGCACUCAAUUAGUGGAACGAUCUGCACCAGAGUAUUUUUAUGAUGAUAUUAAAGAAUUAACUGUGCAAGAUUAUACAAAAAUGUUUAUUAUAAAUAAAGAUAACAAAUUUUAA